AUGUUGUUUUUUGUAAUAUUUGCAAUAGGGUAUUGUUAGGAUUGCCCAAGUGUUUUUUACCUUGGAAAUCUGUAUAAUUAAGCGAAUCUAUUUGUAUAUUCUAGUGGUUACAAAUAAAUCAUAACUUCUGUUUAGAAUGCAAUAGUUUUUCUUUAGGCAGAAUCAGGAACUCUUGGAUAGAUAAAGUCAAGUAAGAAAAUAUUAGUAAACAGUUGAUGGAUAGAGUGUUGCAUAUUUGGAGACAGAGAGCUCAAAUGUAUAUGUUGGCUUGGAUAACGAAUUGCUUGUGUAUAGUUUAGAUGAAAAUAAUCCAAUAAAGGCUUCUUUAAAUUUUAUGGGAAAUGUUUAAUCAAUAUAUACAUUGAAUUCAUUGAUAAGUGUUGGAACAAAUCAGAAUGAAGUAAUUCUUUGGGAUUAUUAAGCAAACAUUAUUAAAGGAAAAGCAAAAUGUAUGAUAUUCUAUAUAUUAGAACUUUAGCUUUGAAUUUAAAGAAUAUAUUAAUAAAUUAUCAGAUUCUUAUUAAUUAAUCUUAUGAUACUUUAAUAGCUGGUACUACUACUACUGGAUCAUAUUCAUUGGAAUACUAUACCUAAAAUAUGUAAUUUUUACUUAAUAGCUUUGUGAUUGAUUAAUUCACUCUCUAUUAACUAUCAAAAAAGACUAUAAGUGAUACUGAGUUUGAAAUUAAUGUUUAUACUAUUUCUACAUAAACUCUUAGCAUAAACUAAAUCAAUAUUAAAUCUACAACAGUUACAUUAACUAUUUCAAAUAUAAUUUUAAAUUUAACUCCUAUAUAGAUGUAAUUGAUAGAUGAUUAUAUCAUCUUUUUUUCUAAUACUUGUGAAUAUUAAAAAUAUGAUAUAAAAUAAAAUGCUUUAGGAAACCUGAAUUCCUGGACUUCCUCAUGUCCAAACAAUAUAAAACAAUUAUCAUUUAGUAUUGAAGAUUAAAUCAUUACAUUACUUUUAAACAAUCCUUAAAUUAAUGAAGAAAUGAUAUAGAUUUAUCAAAUAGAUACAAAUUUAAUCGGAACCAAAAUUAGAUCAUUUUAUUAUCUACCUGAUAGCAUUAGUAUAUCUUAUAUAUUGUAAUCAUAAUACAUUCUUGAAGUAGGCUUAUCUAAUAGUAAUAUUUAUGUUUAUAAUUAAUGGUAUCAACUGCAAUAAAUCAUUUAAGUCAAUAAUAAUAACAAUAUUGCCAUUUAAAUUAUUUAGCAAGAUUUAAUACUCGUACUCUAUUAAAAUGGAUUAGUAGUGAGUCUUUCUUAAACAUCAUAAACUUGUUAAUUCUCCCAAUAUUUAUGUUAUACUUAUACCAUCUAAUCAUAAUUUUAAUAAUCAACUGUAUCAACUUAUACUACUUAACUAGUUUCUUAAUUUCAAUAUAAUAAUAUCAUUUAUGUAAUUUAUGCAUUAAAUCAAAAUAUAUACUGUUAUUAAUUUCAAAACAAUGCGUUUAGUCUUAACCCUACAAAUUCACAAUCCCUUACAAACUAAUUAUAAGUAUUAUAAAUUAUCAUAUCAACUAAUUAUAUUUACUUUCUGUUGAAUGAUAACAAUCUAUACUAAUGUUAAUUUAGUAUUGCAACAACUUAAACAAAUUUAGUAUUUUAUUAUAAAUAUCCUAUUGAUAAUGUCAAUUACAUAGCCUAAAAUACAUAAGUAUAAAUCGCAACCAAUGGAGUAUAGAUAGCGAUUAUAUAAAACACUAAUUAAUAAGCAACAAUUGUUUAAAGUAAAUUUUUAUUUUUAUAAGAAAGAUAUCGGAGUUUCAUUUAAAUAACUUUAGUUGUAUAAAGAAUUUAUAAUACUUUUGUAACAGAGUUCCUAUAAAUUGUAAUUUUACUCAAUUUAUGAUUUGCUAAAUUAGAAUAAUAUCCAAGUUUUUACACUUAAUACCUAUUAUUAUAGCCAACAAAUUAUCUUGAAUUAAAACUUUCUUCUCAUCUAAUUUUAAUAUUCUGUUUUAUUCAUUCAAAUAACUAAUUAUUUCAACUCUAAUAAUUUAGAAUGCUUUUUUAAUCAAGUCUAUAGUAGUAAUAUUAUAAAUUAUAUCAAUACAAAGAUUUCUUUGACUAAUUUUUAUAUUUUGUAUUUUACAAUUGAAUAGUUAGAUAUGUUAAUAGGAAAUGUAUAAAUAAAUAAAUAGAAUAUAAUUUGGAAUAAAAUUAUUAUUGAUCAAUCCAUAAAUUAUUUGGUAAGUUUACAAAUUUAAGGGACUUCACCUUCCUAAUCUAGUUUAAUUAUUUCAUAAGAAAUUAAAAAUUUUCAAUAAAUAUCUUUACAAGAUUUGACUUUAAUCUUACCUUAGUAAGAACUUUUCUUAUCAUCAAUAAUAGGAGUUAACAUAAAAAAUUGUUAACUAAUUUUUAAUAAUAAUUAUUACUAUUACAUAAAUAUAAAAGAAAUGAAUUAUUUUUUAAUAGAUUCAAUUUAAAUUAAUAAUUAAGUUAUGACAAAACCAUUAUUGUAAGUAGCAUCUGUGCAAAUGAUUUAAUUAAAUAACAUAUAAAUCCUAGACUGUAAUUUAGAAUAAUAAAUAAUAUCUAUAAAUUCGAAUACUGAUAUACAUCUUUCUAAUUUAUUAAUUUAAAAUUGUUAAUGUGACUAAUAAACUAAUAUGAAAUAAUUAUUUUAAUAUUUUUCAUUGGAUAUUUAGAAUGUCAAAUUUAUUGGAAAUCAAUUUUGUUCUUCAUUAUUUAAUAAUAUAAUUAUUGAUAACUCUGAGUCAUCAAAAAUCAACAUAAACGAUUUAACAAUUGAAAACAAUGUGAUAACAUAAUAUGCAGGAGCAGCAAUAAUUAAUUUUGUAUAAAGCAGUAACCAUCUAAUGAAUAAUGUUUAUUUAUCAACAGUAACUUUAUAAGAUAAUCAAUACUAAGAAUCAAAUUAGAUAUAUGCAUUUAUAUUUUAAAAUGGCUACACCUUUUAAGGAUAGAAUAGUAUUUUCGAUAAUAGUUCUAUUUUGAUAUCUUCAUUUAAAGCUCUUACAAUAAAUAAUUACACCUUCAAAAAUCCAUCUUAAUUGAGUAUUAAUAUAAUUGAAACUCCAAUCAUUUAAAUGAAUAUAAUAUCCUUUAAUAUUGGUUAAGUCUAUUAAAAUGGAUUUGUUUCAAUUGUAAAUUUACAAGAUUAUGAAUGUAGCAAUUAUAAAUGUUAAAUUUAAAUUUCAAAAGUAGUUAUGAAUCAAAUAACUCUGGUUUCCUCAUCAUUGGCAAAUACUUGUUAUGGAUUCAAUAUUAAGUUAAGUUCUGAAUUUUAUGUUUAGAUGUCUGAAUUAAACUUCACACUUUUAAAUUUGAAAGCAGCUGACUCUAAUUUCUUAGUUUCGUCAACUGCUCUUUUCUUUCAAGGAUUUUAAUCUUAAUUUUCAAUAACAAAUUCAAAUUUUUAAUAAAUUCAAUAUAGUUUGAGCACAAGUAUUCUUAUUUUAAAUGCUGAAGUGAUCACUCUAAAUACAAUAAAUGUAAAUUAGAUAAACUUUUAAGAUUCAACAUAUUAUGGAACAUAAAGUGAAAAAGGAGGUUUUGCAUAGAUAUCAUGUGCUUCUUUUUUUGUAUAAAUGAGUAAUUUCUCAUUUAUUAGCUCUUAUACUGGAUCUAUUUUUAUUAUUGAGAUGUAUCAUGCAGAUGAAGUAGUACCUUUGGUUUCUUUUCUUUAAAAUACUAUUAGUAAUAUUUAUUCAUUUGGAAAUGGAGCUAUUUACAUUGAAAAUACUGUAAAUGAUACAUAAAUAACAUUUCAAUUAAAUUCCUUCUAAGAAAUAUGCUCAUUAAAAGAUGGAGGUCUCUUAUUUAUUUAGGAAGAAGAUUAGAUUUCUUAUCCAUCGUUGAAUAUUUCACAUUUAAGUAUUAUUAAUAUUGGUGAUGUAUAGCCGUAUUAAUUCAAUAAAUAAAUAAUUUUUAUUUAAAAUACUUUUGCUAAUUUAUACUCAAAUAAUGGUUCAAUUAUCAGAGCAUCUUUAUAUAAUAUUUCUUUUUAAAAUAACUAAUUUAAUAAUAAUAAUAUCACAACAAGUCCUUAACAAUUUAAAUAAAACAAAAUUACUUAAGGAUCUUUGUUCUAUUUAAAAUAUUGUGUAUUGAUAUUAUAGAAUUUUUUAAUAAGUGAUUUAAAGAUUUUUGAAAAUUAGAAGAAUGAAGGUUAACUAAUAUAUGGUUAUAAAACAUGGAUUUAUUUGAAUUAGAGUGUUUUUUAAAAUAUAAUAGUAAAAGAUUCAAAUUUGAUUUAUCUUAGUCUAUCAUAUUUAAAAAGUGAUGGAUUGAUAUUAAUGAAUAUUUAAUAAAAUCAGAGUUCUAUAAAUAAUAGUUUGGUAGAGAUAUAUGAUUCAGCAAUAUAUAUGUUGUUUAAUCAAUUUUAGUAGUUAAGAUGUCUAGAUUAUAAAUGUAUAUCUUCAGGUUUCUAUAUAAAAGAUUCAUAUAGUUAUUUUAUAGGAGGAUGGUGUAUUGAUAGUAAUGGUAAUUACGGAGGGUGUUAUUAUGUUUCUUUGUAAAAAUAAUUUGUAUUUUUUGAUUCUCUAAUUUUUGAUCAUAACUAUGUAAAUAUAUCAGGAGGUUCAAUUAUGGCUGAUUUAUAGAAUACUUCUCAGAUGACAAUAUUAAACUCAAAUUUUUAGAAUAAUAUUGCAGUAGAUUCAGGUGGUUGUUUAUACAUAAAUUCAUUAAAUCAAUCUUUUGAUAUAAAUUAGAUUUAGGACAUACCAGUAAUAACAAUAAAGAAAUCUUCAUUUAGAAACAAUACAGCUUAUAAAUAUGGAGGGGCAUUAAAGACACUUGUAUUCAAUCCAUAAAUAGAUAAUUAUACAAUUUUUGAGAAUAAUUCAGCCUAUAUAGAAGGUGAUAAUAAUAGUUCUUAUCCUUCUGCUUUGUUUCUUACAAGUCCAUUAGAUCCAGAAAUGGCAAAUCCUUAUGUUUAUGAUGAAAACUUACAACCUGUUUAAGGUUAUUAUUUUAUUCCUUAUUCAAAUAAUGGUUAAUAUUUUUUGAAGUAAUUUAAAAGUGGAGAUACUGUUUAAUAUCCAUUAAGAUUUAUAAUGAAAUCUAAUAAGAAUUAAACUAUGUAUAAUGAUAAGGCAUAUUUAAAAAUAUAUGCUUCUGGAUCAGAGAAUUAUUCUCUAAGUAUUUCAAAUCCAAGUAGAGGUACUAAUGAAGUGAGAUUUAAAGAAGGAUUUUUUACUCUUGAAAAUUUAACAGCAAUUGGAAUUCCUGAUACAGAAUAUCCAUUUUAUUUAAGUAGUGAUGAAGUAAAAUCAAUAUCAAAAUACAAAUACUAUUUUGUUAAUAAUUACAAUUAUACAUUCUUUGUAGUAUUCAGAAAAUGUUUAUAUGGAGAAAUUUUGUAAAGUUUAGAUAAUUAUAGUGUUUGUUAUUAAUGUCCUUACGGAUUCUAUUCUUUUAAAUUACCAACAUUUUAAGAAAAUGGACAAUGUUAAGUUUGUCCUUUAGCUAAAUAAUUUAGAAUUCAAUGUUAUGGAGGAGCAUAAACAGAUUUGGAACGAUUUUAUUGGAGAGAAAAUAUAACAACUUUAUAAAUUUAUAAAUGUGAUCGAGAAUUCAGUGAUUGUUUAGGUGGAAUUAAUUAAAAUUAAUGUGGAAAUGGUUAUACUGGAAGAAUGUGUUAAGCUUGUGAUUAUUAAAAUAAUUAUGCAAGAGAUUCUAGAUAAAUUUGCAUUUUAUGUUCAAAAGUUGAUUGGCCUAUUGCAAUCAUAUUAUUAAGUAGUAUUGGAAUAUUUGUUUAUUUUAUAAUGUCAAUAUUCUUUUUAGCUUAAGAUGUUGUUAUUUUAUGUGUUUUACCAUGUUUAAAUUAAAUGUUACCUCCUUUAAAAAAAAUAGGAUCAAAUCUAGGUUAAGUUAAAGAUUUAAAUUCUCUAUUAAAAAUAUUUCUUGCAUAUUAUUAAUAGAUUUCAUUAGUUAGUAAAAUAGUUGUUGAUAUUCCAUCAUAAGUUUAAGAUACUUAAGAUUCAUCAAUAUUUGAUUUCUCUUUAGAAUGUCCUAUGAUUAAUGUUAAUAACUAUAUACCAAUGGUUUAUGUCAAUUAUAUUAUAGAAGUUUUAAAACCUAUAUCAUCUAUGGUUAUUUUUAUGUUUAUAUGGUCUAUUCUUUUUAGAAAUUAAAAAAUUAAAAGAGGAAUCUAUUACACAGCUACUUGGUUAAUUAUUUGGUUAUUUUAUUUACCUAGUUUUUAUGAAAAAACACUUCAAUUAUUGAAUUGUAAAGAUAUUGGAGAUGGAAGAUAUCUUAAACCAGAUUUAAAUUAAAAUUGUUAUGGAACUGAACAUUUCUUUUAUACUUUAUUUAUUUCUAUACCUUGUCUUCUAUUUUUUGUUGUUUAUAUCCCUGCUAUGCUUCUUUAUCAUAUUAGAAAUGAUAUGAUAAAAAAAGAUAAAAGACCACUUAGAAAAUAUAAAUAUUAUUAUAUUAAUGGAGAAUUCACAGAUUAAUUUUAUUAUUGGGAAUUUGUUAGACUUUUAGAAAAAAUUUUAAUCUAAACUGCUAUUGAAAUAUUCUUUUAUGAUACUAUAUAUAUGGCUGAGUCAUGCUUAAUUAUUGUUUUAUUAUAUGGAAUUGCUUCAUUUGUUGCUUAACCUUAUGGUUAUAAAAGAUAAAACUUUGUUAAUGUCAUAUCUAGUUUUACUGCUUUUGGCACUAUCUAUAUUGCAUUAGUUAUUGCUAGUUUAAAAAAUUAAAAUAUUGAUCAAAAUGCACCAAUCAUCAUUUUUUUUGAAGUUUUACUUGCUGCAAUUAAUCUCAUUUAUGUUUUAUGGAUGGCUUCAAAAUUGUUAAUUGUUCUUAUGCCAGUAUUAUUUGUUAAUAUUGAAUAAAUUUAAAGAGUAUUUUUAUUUAUUUAACUAAUUUAGAAAGUUUCUAAUAUUAGAUUUCUAAGAUAAUUAGCUUUAAAUCAAAGAUUAAGAGCAAAGUUACUAUUUAAAAAGAUUGGUUAAUAAAUAAUUGUAAUUAAUUUAAUCAAAAAGCAUGCUAUGAUUAGAUAUUAAAAAAAAGAAUAAAAAGAUAAAUAACUUUUAGAAAUUGUAUAUUUUAUUUAUAUAUUAUUUUCAAGGAAGCAAAAAUUAGAAAUAGAAAACAAACAGCUGCUUAAGAUGCUUUGAAUUAUAUUUUAAGAAACAAUUUGGAACUUGA